AUGGCAGAAAUUCUAUUAAAAAAUCCUCCAACAUAUCCGCUAGUUGCAAUACCAGUCGAUUUGAGUUUUUUGAACGAACGAAACCCCCUGGCGUUCACAAUCGACAAUGUAUGCACUCCAGAAGAAUGUCAAGCUCUAAUCAACCUUUCUGAAGCUGGUAGUUAUGAAAUCGCCUUAAUAAACGUAGGCUAUGGACGACAAAAAAUAAUAACUGAUGUAAGAAAUAAUUAUCGAUACAUUCGAGAUGAUGUCGAAAUAACAAAUAUCCUUUGGAAACGAAUCGAACAAUUCGUUCCUGCUCUCUGGUAUGAUAAACCUGUGGCCGGACUCAAUGAAAGAUUGCGGUUUUUGCGAUACGAUCCGGGACAGAAAUUUGAAGCGCAUUGUGAUGGAACUUAUGUUCGCCCAGAUGGCAAUGAAAAAAGUUGCAUCACUUUCCAGUUAUAUUUGAAUGAGGGAUUCGUUGGUGGUGAAACAAGCUUUUUGUCUUAUUCUUUGAACAGGGAUGAAGUUAAAGUUGUGCCAAAAACAGGAAUGGUUUUAAUAUUUCAGCAUGAUUUGCUACAUGAGGGUUCAGCAGUAAUUGAAGGAAGAAAAUUUACUUGGUACCUGGAACAAGCGUCACUUCAUUCCAUUCAUAAUUCGUCAAUAUCAUUUCCAUUGAUCGCAAGGGCUCAACCAUUGUCGCUGUUUGUGUCUAAGGAAUUAUCGGUGGUUGCAAUGGAAAUCAUUAUUCAGGAUUAG